ACUCAUGUGAUUAUUAUAUGCUUCAAUUCUUCCACGGCAUCGCACCACUUAGUAUGUUUGUUCUCUACUCAUCAGUCAUCUCCAAUUCAGAGAAAGUGCGACAGAGAAGACAAACAACAAUGGGCAAACGAAGAGAGAAAAAUUGGGCUUCUGCAUUUUAUUAGGAAUACCCAUAUCCAUUUCCAUUUAUAAGAUCUAGCCCAAAUACCACAAAUAAAAUCUCUAAAUUUUUUGUACGAAUUUAGACCCAAAAUCCUUCCUCAAAAUUAAAUCUGUGGUCCGGACGAUCUCAUAUGAUUAUUAUUAUUAUUAUUAUUAUUAUUUGCUCUUAUUCCUCUACGACACCGCACCACUUACUCUUAUGAAAAAGUGGGAUUCUCCAGCCCUCCUGUUAAGAUGGGCAUGUAAGCCAAGACCUAUCCUGUAAUCCCAACAAGCAAAUUAAACUGAUGAUGUAAAAGUCUCCUCCAGUCCGUUUAACUCCAUAAAAAAAAAAACGCACUUCGAUAAACCACCUUUCAUUUCAAGACAACUCAACACUUAGAAUUCACACCAACACCUAUAGCUUAGCAAGCUGCUUUGUUUCUCCACAUAAACUCCAAUCCCCAUUUCAUUCAAGAUGUAGACCGCCACACAGACACAGCCCACAAAGGAACAGAAAAUUGAGCCCGCAACGCCAAAAGCGAACUCGCCUUAUGCAAACAAAAACAAAUGAAGCCGAUCCAGCAGAGGAGGAGGAAGAGAAGAAGAACCAUAACCAAUAAAUAUAAUAAUGUCACGCAGGGCCAGAAGGGUGUGCGAUGUGGCAGCAUGUGCUUCGAAUUGCCAGAAAUCGACACCUCCUGCUUCCUGCAUGAACACCCCUAAUACCCUUCAGCCACGCCACCCCCCCGACUCCCAUACUUUAUAUACCCACCAUUUCUUCCCUUCCCUUCUCAUCUUCAUCCCACCAAUAUUAUUAGAUACAUCACAACAAACAAACCACCAGUUUUAGUUUCUCUCUUCCCCCACCCAAAAAAAAAAAAACAAUGAGUAGCACCAUUUGUGCUGAUCAUCACCACCAUCACCUCCACCAUUACAGUCCUUCCUCCUCUCCCACCGCUAAGAAGCAGCUCUUCAAAGACCUCGACAUCCCUCCUAGAAAACUCCUCCUCACCCUCGCCCACCACUCCACCAGAUCACCCAAAUACCACCGCGAUUUCGGCGGCGGCCUCGAAGACUCUUUCGACAUGUCGCAUUUCUACAAACACCUUCCCUGCAAUGAAGCUGACAGGCCAGAUCUGGAUCUGGACGACGAUGACGACGAUGAUGGCGACGCCGAUCCUUACUCCUCGGACCACUUCCGCAUGUACGAGUUCAAGGUCCGGCGGUGCACGCGCAGCCGGAGCCACGACUGGACCGACUGCCCCUUCGCCCACCCAGGCGAGAAGGCCCGCCGCCGCGACCCCAGGAAGUUCCACUACACGGGGACCGUCUGCCCGGAGUUCCGCCGCGGCGGAGGGUGCGCCCGGGGAGACAACUGCGAGUUCGCACACGGGGUGUUCGAGUGCUGGCUCCACCCGUCCCGAUACAGGACCGAGGCCUGCAAGGACGGGAAGGGAUGCAAGCGGAAGGUCUGCUUCUUCGCUCACACUCCCCGCCAGCUCCGUCUCCUCCCGGAGAAGGCCUCCACCGCCGCGGCGAGGAAGAUCAAUCACCACAACCAACACCACCAUCAUCAGCAGCAUCAGGACAUCCACCACUGCGGCGGAUGCUUGGCGUGCCGCGGAGGAGGGAGCUCCUCCUCCGUGGCUUCCUCUCCGACCUCCACUCUGCUCGGCAUGUCACACCUCUCCCCGCCGCUGUCCCCGUCGAUGUCCUCCUCCUCCCCGCCGAUGUCGCCGGCGGGAAUUCACCACCGCGGCGGCGGCGGCGGCGGUGGAGGAUUCGCUCACCGGCUGAGCAAGUCUCAGUCUCGGCUGGUGAGCUACAAGGACAUUCUCACCGAGCUGAUGUCCUCGCUGGAGGCCAUGAAUUUCAGCGAGGAGGCUGCUGCGGCCGCCGUAGCGGCCGCCGUGUCGUCUCCCCCUUCCGUGAGCUAUGAUGGCGGGAGCGGUGGUGGAAGGAAAAUGAACCUCAGCGUGAAUCCAUGGGUUAACGAGGUUUGUUUCAAUUCUAUUGGGGAUGAGAAUUACCAUCAUCAAUUGGAUCAGCAGCAGCAGCAGUUCGUUAUGUCGCCGUCGACUCCGAACUACGCUAAUUCCGGGUUCGAUAAAUAUUUGAUUGGUGCGGGUGGGGAGUAUUUCCCGGCCAAGAUCAACGGCCCAGCAGAUUCCGAGUUCGUGGCUGGUGCGGAGAGGACGAUGGGGAGUAACGGUAACGAGGUGGAGAACGGCGGCGGUUGCGACCCGGAUCUUGGAUGGGUCAAUGAGCUGUUGAUGUAGAAGGAGGAAGAAUUGGGCUUGGGCUUGGGCUUGGGCUUGGGCUUGAGCUUUUGUGUAGAUAUUGUUUGGGAGUACGGUGUCGUUCCAUUCCGCAUGCAAGCGACGGCGGUGUAUACAUGAGAGAGAGAUUGAGAUGAGAGAUGAAGGAAGAGAGAAGGAUGUGGUUAAUUAAUUCCGGCCUGAGAAUAAAAUGAGAGGGGUGAUUAGGUGUAAAUUAAUGAUGGCGUGGGUGAAGGGAAGGCAGGCAGGCAGGGAUAAUUUUUAUUUGGUUGUGUUGAUUUAUGUGUUUUUUUUUUCGGGAUUGUAUGUUGUCAAUUAGUUUUUUGAUUAAUUAAUGCGCACGAUGGAGUAAUAUGUGAAAAUGAGGGAUUAAUGGAAGAUGUGAAAUGAGGGAGAUUUGUACUGAUGAUGAUGACAAAGAGAGGUUUUAACAAGUUGAGCUUAUUUGUAGCUUCCAGUUGUAUUACUCGAUCUGCUUUGCUUUUCAUUUUAUGAAAUUUGUACGCUCAAGUACUUAUCGAGCUUAAUUAUGAUCCGAUUGAGUUUGUCAUCUUGUUAGAAUCUUAGGAUCAAACUGCAGAUCAAUACUUUUUGAUUUAAUUGGGUGGUUCGAUUUAAUCCGGUUCAAAUAUUAAUUUAAUAUUUUUUCAGUAUGUAUGAUAAAAUUCAGAGGAUCCUUCAAAUCAGUAUAUGAUAAUUCAAAGGAUCAAAGAUUAGACGGUAUUACAUUCGGUAUUUAAUUUGGUUAAGCUUUGUAGCUUCCAGUUGUACUCUGCAUUCCUUUUCGUUUUAUGAAAUUUGUACUGCUCAAGUACUUGGUCGUGUGCUUAAUUAUGAUCCACUUUAGUUUUAGUCAUCUUGUUAGAAUCUUAGGAUCACACAGAUCAUCAAUGCAUUUGAUCUAAUUCAGUUGUUUGAUUUAAUCUGGUUCAAAAUUCAGAGGAUCAAAGAUUAGACUAUAUUACAAUUUACAUUCGGUACUUUAUGAUAGAUUGAUCUGGUGUGGUGAGACUCGAGAACUAACCCCAUCACACACUUUAAAUACGAGUAACAUCGAAUUAUUUUGGAGCCCAAAUCUCAACCUUCUACUCGUUGUCCUUCUUGUUUUGUCGAAAUUAUAAAUCGUCGACUUUUCUAUUAGAACGGAAUGUUAGAAAGGCGGUUAUGGGUUGGCUAUGCUUUGGCCUUUGCCCUCUUGUGAGUAUUCCCCAAAGAUGAGAAUUCAGUUACUGUGUUAUGUUACCCAUGAAUAGAUUGGAAUACAAAAUCCAUUUAUUACGUAUAAUUUCAUAACUCAAUUAUAUUAAUUGAUUUGGGAAGAAAUAAUAUAUUAGAUCUAAUGGUUCACAUUAUAAAAAAUAAUAAGGCAAAUUCAAAACUUAUGGAUUUUUAAUAGGGACUGUGCUUUAAGGAUUUCCAAGUGGCAGUUUCAAUGGUGCACAAAUACUCAAUAAAUCACAUCUCAUUUCUUUAAAUUUUGAUUCAAAAAAUAUCUUCAUAGAAAAUUUAGGUUUUUGUGCUUUGCAAGAUGCCAUCCAUUUAAUAUUUUAGCAAAAAAUACUCCUGCAAUCUUAUUAAUGUCAUAUGGUAACGUCAUUAUGCAGCAUGGUCUUAUGGCGUUGUACAGUGUUAGUAUAGUGAUAAGAUUAUGAUAUGACAUGACAUUAGUUAGAUUCUAUUGUGGAAUCUUAUCAUAAUGGUAUAAAGUGAAUAUAUAUGACAGUGAUCGUACAAUAUGAAGUAUUAUCAUUAAUUUUUAGCAAAAAAUUUUCCUUCAUUUUGCUGUCGGUUUUUACCAUAAUGGUAAGAUCAUAAUAUAAUAGUGCUAAGAUG